GGGUUCAAGACCUAAGGAACACACACAUUCAGAAUGAGGGUUUUUCUUGCCAUCACUGCUUUUGUGGCUCUGACCAGUGCAGCCAGUGUUUCUGUGGAAGACUUGGAGUUCAAUGCCUGGAAACUGAAGUUUGGUAAGAUCUAUAAGUCUGUAGAGGAGGAGUCUCAGCGUAAGAUGACCUGGCUGGAAAAUCGCAAAUUCGUCCUGGUACACAACAUGCUUGCUGACCAGGGCAUUAAGAGCUACAGACUCGGCAUGACCUCCUUUGCAGACAUGGAUAACCAGGAGUACAGAAAAUCCAAGGGCUGCCUGGGGUCCUUCAACAAAAUCAAGAAAAACAGUGCCACUACAUUCCUCCGACAGGCAGGGGGUGCUGUUCUGCCACCAGCUGUUGACUGGAGAGAAAAAGGCUAUGUGACCCCCGUUAAGGAUCAGCAACAGUGUGGCUCUUGCUGGGCCUUCAGUGUGACAGGGGCACUGGAGGGUCAGACAUUCAGGAAAACCGGGAAACUGGUUUCCCUCAGUGAGCAGCAGCUGGUGGACUGCUCUGGAAAUUUUGGGACCAUGGGCUGCCAGGGUGGCUGGAUGGACCAGGCGUUUGAAUAUGUGAAAGAAAAUGGAGGUCUGGACACAGAGGACUCCUACCCCUAUGAGGCCAUGGAUGGGAACUGCAGGUUUGAUCCAGCCAAUGUGGGUGCCAACUGCGCUGGAUAUGUGGACAUAAACAGAGGAGAUGAAAAUGCUCUACAAGAAGCUGUGGCCACAGUUGGACCUAUUUCUGUCGCCAUAGACGCAGGACAGCCAUCCUUCCAGUUCUAUCAAUCUGGUGUUUAUGAUGAACCUGCCUGUAGCAGCAUUGCUCCGAAUCAUGCUGUCCUGGUUGUUGGUUAUGGCACUGAGAGUGGAGAGGACUACUGGCUGGUCAAAAACAGCUGGGGUCUUGGCUGGGGUGACAGUGGCUACAUCAAAAUGUCCAGGAACAAGAAUAACCAAUGUGGUAUUGCCUCAGCAGCCAGCUAUCCUCUGGUUUAAAUGUUACUGAUGAUGUAACUGCAUUUUUAAGACACUUUUAUUAUUGGGAAACUCUUAGAAGAAGAAGAACAAAAAUUAUAUAUAAAAUGAAGCAUCCAAAACCACAUUAUUUAAUAGUGUGAAAACUGCAUGAAAUUAUACAUGAAGUAGUUCUGUUAAAUUGUUCUACAGCAACACCUCUGUAACGCAGAGAGGAAAUUACAGCAUACACUAUAACUUCACAUCUGUCAGGAUUUUUUUUCUUAGAAUUUGCAUCCUGAAUUUCCUUGCACGGCUCCAACAAUUGUUAGAUCAUCAAAGGUCAAUGUAAUGCUUUGUACUGGGAGGCUUGUGGGAAACUCAGCCCUUACUGUUGUGUAUUUUCUUACUAUAUGAGUGCAAAGUGCUGUA